ACAACGCUGGAAUACAAUGACCUUUCCACAGCAUUUUGGGUUUGCACGCAACAUUACUAACAUAGUUUUGAUCAUCACGUUCAUCUGCAAUUUGUGUUAAACGUCCUAUUGGCCAGCAACCACCAUAAAUGGUUAGUCAAUUCUACUAUUUAAAGCCCGCCUACCCAACCAGAGCGACACGGGAGGUGCGUGGAGGGAGUGUUGAUAGGCCUCUGUGUUCUUUCCACAGAAUGUCGGAUUAUGAGUUGUCGGUAAUCGAGCUCAAUGACCUGCUGUCGACCAGUUGCGGUGUUUAUGCCCUGCCUUCAGAAGACAUAAACGAGGUUUUCCCUCGAAUCUACGUGGGCAACAAAUCUAUAGCAGAAAAUAUUACGGAGUUAUGUCGUCUUGGGAUUACUCAUAUUCUCAAUGCUGCUGAAGGGAAGUCUUUCAUGCAUGUAAACACCAACAGUGAUUUCUACAAUGGAACAGACAUUGUCUACUAUGGUAUUAAAGCCAACGAUACACCAUAUUAUAACCUCAGUUCUCAUUUUGAGAAAACCUCAGACUUUAUUGAUAAAGCUUUAUCACAAAAAAAUGGUCGUGUAUUAGUUCAUUGUCGUGAAGGCUACAGCCGCUCUCCCACUUUGGUUAUAGCUUAUCUUAUGGUCCACCACAAGAUGGAUGCGAAAACUGCUGUCUCCUUAGUCCGCGAAAAGAGAGAGAUUGGACCAAAUGAUGGAUUUCUAAAGCAGCUGUGUCAGCUUAAUGCAAAACUAGCAGCGGAAAACAAGCAUUAAUACUGAUUAUACUCCUAUAAAACCUGUACGUUUAUUUUACUGCCAGAUACAUUUACAUUGCAAUCACACUUUUUUUUUGUUAUUCUCUUUUAUUUUACAUUGUGUUUCAGAAUGAUUACAUUUUUAAAUGGACACUCCAUGCGCCAAUACAACUUAUAAGACUUUGGCUUAAUUAAUAUGUUAUUUUUCGCAAUUUAUAGCUUUUGUGCAAAAAUA